AUGGCUUCUUAUACUCCGCCAGCGGGUUUCAGGUUCCAGCCGGAGGAAGAAGAUCUCGUGCUGUUCUACCUUCGCCCCAAGGCUGCUGGACAGCCAUUGCCGUUCCCGGACGUUAUCUUCGAGUAUGAUGAUCUUUACGGCGAGAAAGAGCCUUGUGUGAUAUGGGACAUGUACGCAGGUCCCUCUGUGGACGAGACCCUGGACGACCUUUACUUCUUCACCAAAUUGAAGUGGUUGAGUGACUCCCGUGUCGAUCGGAGGGCCGGUUCCGGCGGGACUUGGGCCAAUGAGUCGUCUAAGAUCAUCUACGCUCGUGGGACGAGAGUCCCCAUUGCCAAGAAGAGGAAGUUCCGGUACGUGAACCCCGGGUCGUCCCAAGAUGGUGCCUGGAUCAUGCAGGAGUACAGCCUGCCGAUAACCAAGGCUCAGCCCGACGUGGGGUCUUCUUCUUCUUCUUCUUCGUCUUCCUACGUGGUCUGCCGCUUGAGGAAGAACAAUCGGCCCGACAGCGAUAGCAGCGAAUCUGAAAGUCCUCCGCCGAUUUCCAGCCGAGAAAGAAAAGACCAAGCAGAGAAGAUGAAGCGGUUGAUCAAUCUUCUCAAGAGGAAAAGAGAACAAAGAACAAAAAGAUAUAGUUAG